UAUAUAUGGGGGUCACAAGCAACGAGCGAACGCAGUUUUCCUUCGGCCCCGUAGCUGCCAACUAGGAUUUCGGGAGCCGGCCGCGCCGCCAUCAUGAAGUUACUUCUGAUUUUCUCGCUGCUCUUGGUAGCCAGUACAGCAAUCACGGUAAACAGACGGGAGAGAGAGGACUCGGUCGUCGCCAAGAAACACGACAAGAGAGGUCUCCUCAAUUUAGGAUACGGUCUGCCACCGGAACAGGUGUACGCGGCCCCUGAACCAGCACCUGUCUACGAAUCGCCAGUGCCCGACGGUUACCCAAUCGGCGCGCACUUGGAAGCUGCCGCGCCGCCUUUACCUCCUCCAGCCAUAGCGCACCCAGCUCCAGCCAUUCCAGUACCCGUGCCACACCCAGUCCCGCAGCCGGUGCCGGUGCCCGUGCCGCAGCCGAUCCCGCAGCCGAUUCCGCAUCCGUUCCCGGUGGCGGUUCCAGUGACGAAGCACGUGGCUGUUCCGGUGCCGGUCGACAGGGCGGUUCCGGUUCCAGUGGACCGGGUCGUUCCUGUGCCGGUGGCGGUUCCUGUGCCGAAGCCGUACCCCGUCCACGUGGAGAAGCUGGUGCACGUCGACAGACCGGUGCCAGUGCCGGUCGACAGACCCGUCCACGUUCCAGUCGACAGACCAGUGGCUGUUCCGGUCCCGGUGCCGAAGCCGUAUCCGGUGCCCUUCGAGAAGGUGGUCCACGUGGAUAGGCCGUACCCGGUCCACGUGGCUGUGCCCUACCACGUGCCGAAGCCUUACCCAGUGCCCGUCGCCAUUCACGCGCACAAAUCUCACAGCUGGCUGAAAUGGUGAUGUCCUUCGUCAUCACCCUUUCCCUGUCUCUCUAGGUCAUGGCGGAAUAAUAAUCGGCUAGGUCCUGGUCACCUUCGACUCGCGCGAGAAAUUCUGGAUUAUUUAGUACCGUAGCUUCCGGUCGGAGGAUAUGUCGACGUAAUUUUAUUUUGUAUUUCAAAGAUGCGAAUCAAAAUUUUGGAGGGACGACGAGUGACCGGGAACUGGCUGGGCGAUGGUUAACGUGCGCAAGGAAUAUCUGGAAGAUAUUAUAUGUAUAUACUUAACACUACGCCGUCCGCAGAUCUUAGAUAUGAUUCAUUUGUUCGACGCCGGCAUAA